CAAAUAAAACAAAAAUGGUGAAAGUCACCAGAGAGUGAUGAAACACAGCAUUUAAACAAAAAUCAAAGUAUAAAAGACAAGUCAGCAUCGAAUCACAGAAGAGCUUGCAGAGGGGAAAAAGAAGUGAAAGAGAGUCUUUCCCAGAAAUGGCUAUCUCAAAGACCCUGGACUUGUGCCUUUAUCUGCUCUGGUGCGACGGCAGCUUCUCUGAGGUGGAGUUGCCUUUCGAGACCAGGGACAAAGUUGACAAGAGCAUCACCGCAGCCAACAGCAUUACGUCAGCGAUCCUCUCCUGGAUGGAGUUCAAGGCUAGCCCAGAGAAGGGGGCCGAGAUGCUGGUGAUGCAGAUGGAGCCGGACACGGAGACGCAGAAGCAGCAGAUUGCCACUGUGCAGAAGUUGCCGAGCAAGAGAGUUGCCUUGCUGCUCAAGAGCAUCCGGUACAUGACCCCCUUCCUGUCAACGUUCAGUGCUUUGGGUUCCGUGGUGAGCUGUCUACUUGCCUUCAUCCCGCAGGAGGACCCAGUGAUGACACUAUUGAAGAAGGAGUUCGCUGAUGUCAACCGCAAGCUGGACGAAGUCUCACUGAAGGUCUCCUCACUGCAGCGGGACAUGCGCUGGAACAACUAUGCCAGCACCUAUGCCUGGGACGAGGUCGACAUCCAGAAUGGCUGGGAGAAGUUCAUGGAAUUCACGCAGAGCUCCCUGGUGGCCACCUCGCCUGAGGAGAAAAAGCAGCUGGUGCUGCGCUUCACCGAAUUUUACGAGAACACCAGGACGGAGGGUGCGGUGGCCAGCUUCUACCGCUACCUGACACAGCCGGCGGGCCCAACACUUCUGGAGAACCUGCUGGACCUGGUUGUGGAGAAGUUCGAGGGGGACCUGAGGAUGGUGACACAAUUCACCAGCUAUUUCACCAGCCUGAUGACGAAAGGCUUCCAGCUUGACGUACUAUUAUGCAAUGAAGGGCUACGACGAGGCACCCAAGGCCAAGGACAUCGAAGCCAAGUUCAGCAACCUGUUGGCAGCCAUUGAGUCAGCCAUGCACAAAUGCAUAGAGGGCUUCGAGAAGUGGGCCCUGCAUGAUGCCAAGAUCAUCGGUGCAAUGGAGUGGUCGAACACCGCACUGCUAGUGACAACAAUCAAGUGCAACUUUGAAGAGAAGUUCUACUGGUAUGAGUGGACGGUGAUUGCCCACAACAAGGAUGAUUUAAACCAGCAAGCAGCCGGCAACUACUUGACGGUCACCGCCGGAGGCAAAUACAGCGUUUACAUCUUCCACAGGGAGAAAGGGGCGGAGGUGGAUGAAAGUGUCAAAAAUCAAAUCGCCGACAUGGCAGACAGCCAUCAGAAUGAAGUCUGCAGACAUGCCUGGGAGAUCUACACAUACCUGACGUCCAGAAUGAAUAAUGCGAUAGUGCGUCACAUUACCGGUUUCUACUCCGUGCCAGAUCCGAAAGACUACUACCAAACUAAUGACCAGAAACUGGUAAAGAGGAUUUGCGGUGUCCAAAAUUGGAGUUUGGUCACUUACAUCUUUUUCCUGAAGAACAAAGAGGCCAUCCAGGAGAAACCUGCGACCAGUUGCGUUGCCAAAAUGGAGAGUGUCGUUUCAUUCCUGACACCAAGGAGGAGAACUGCAGUGGCCAACUGCCCCUUUCCAGCACCGUCACAUACAAAUGGGAGGCGAAAAUGGGCAUACCAGCAGAAUCUGUGAUGUCAACUAAGCUCAUUUACGAUGGAGGCGAUACUCCCGGCAAGGAAUUCUAUGUCUGUCAAGUGAGGGGGCCAGACAAUGCAUGGCA